AAAGUGGAGAUCUUCACUGAAAGUGAGGUAAAUUAUACUCUAUUAUGGCUUAUAGACGAAAGUUCGUCUAUCUUAACUACCGUGAACAUUAGAUCAGCACAAAAAGUUCAAGUAACCAAUAAUACAAUGCUACCAUCGUUUCCAAAUCCAGCAUAUAAAGCAUUUGUACGAUUGAUUAUCAAGCAUCAUUUUUCUGAUUCUGUACAGCUUGCAAAUUAUUAG